CUACCGCUUUCCUCCACAAUCUCCUCAUUUUAGUCUUCGUGUUGUACUUAAACGGGAUUAUCAUGAGAAUAAUACUUCUUUGUGGUUUGCUGAGCACUAUCUCCGCAGAGAUAUUGCCUUCCAGCAUCUACGGGGCACCAAACGGAGGAUUCUCAAAUGGUUUUGGAUUUGGAGGUCUCAACGGAGCCUCAAAUAAUGGCUUUGGUGCCCCAAGUAAUGGUUACUCUGCACCAAGCAACACCUACGGACUGCCAAAUGGCGCUUACGGAGUAGAUCCUGAGAUUGCUGCUUUGGCCGAGAACAUUCCCGGGGGCGGCGUCCCCGGCGAGGACUACCCCAUCUUGGCUUCCGUGCCCGACACCGGCUUCUCGUGCGAUGCCGUAGCGGUGCAAGGUUAUUACGCCGACACUGCGCCUGAAGCCGGCUGCCAGGUGUUCCAUAUCUGCCAGGACCGCGCCCUCAGGCGCCAACAGGACUCGUUCCUGUGCCCCAACGGUACCAUCUUCAACCAGCAGUACCUGGUAUGUGACUGGUGGUUCAACGUGGACUGUUCUCAAGCUGAGAACUUCUACUCCGUCAACGAACUCAUUGGAGUCGUUCCCGACGCCGGUUAUGCUUAUGCUGCCGCCACCAACGGCAUCCUCAACGGAAACGGAAACGAAUAUGGAGCCAACGGCAACGGAGCCAACGGAAACGGAAGGAACGGAGCUAAUGGAUACGCUUCCAAUGGCAACGGAAGGAAUGGCAACGGAGCCUCCAAUGGAAACGGAUAUCGCUCAAACGGCAACGGCGUCGGUGCUAAUGGCAACGGCAACGGAGUCUCCAAUGGCAGGAACGGCUAUGCUUCUAAUGGUAACGGCAACGGAGUUUCCAAUGGCAAUGGCAGGAACGGCUAUGCUUCUAAUGGUAACGGAGCGAACGGCGUCAAUGGAAAUGGCCUCAACGGCAACGGCAUUGGGAAUGGUAACAGGUACAAUGGCAAUGGAAGGAACGGCAAUGGUGUGAAUGGUAAUGGCAAUGGAAACGGAUACAAUGGCAAUGGUCUCCGCACAAAUGGAAAUGGAUUUAACGGCAAUGGUGUUAAUGGAAAUGGUAAUGGAAGAAGCGCCUUCAACGGAAACGGAUACAAUGGCAAUGGCGUAAAUGGUAAUGGCAACGGCAAUGGUGUUAAUGGCAACGGAAACGGAUACAAUGGCAAUGGCGUAAAUGGUAAUGGAAGAAGCGCCUUCAACGGCAACGGCAAUGGCUUCAAUGGCAACGGAAACGGCAACGGAGCUCCUGCCGCCCCGUCUGCCUCCUACGGCGCUCCCUUCUAAGCCUUCCUCGCUUCCUAAACCGACUUUCCUCUCAGUCGCCACAAACCUCAUCGAAACGCAUGUAUAUUUCAGCGCUUGGCAGAGAAUCUAUAUUUUUGCAAGAAUAAAUACCGCACCAAUUC